CAGCGGUAGCAGAGAUAUAUUCAUUAACUCCAAGCCAUAGCACUCACACAUAUGUUCGGCCAGAUUGUUAUUGGGCCCCCAGGGAGUGGGAAAUCCACCUACUGCCACGGUAUGCUCCAGUUCAUGUCCUCUAUCGGCCGCCUGUGCAGUGUCAUAAACCUUGAUCCGGCUAACGAUCGAUUGAACUACGACUGCGCCUUCGACAUCAGAGAUUUCGUCACGUUGGAAGAAGUUAUGGAUGACUUUUCGCUCGGGCCCAACGGUGGAUUGAUGUUUGCCUUGGAAAGCUUCACCAUGGAUGCCGAGCCCGUCCGAAAGUCAGGACUUGAUCUAAUCGUGGAGAAAAUCGUGCAGGUCUCAAACCAUGGUAAGAACUACUUGAUUUUUGAUUGUCCCGGUCAGGUUGAACUAUUCACCCACAGUCAGGUCUUUCCUAAACUCUUCCGCCGCUUAACGUCCAAACAGCACGACUUGCGCUUGUGUGUCGUGUCUUUAAUCGACUCCUUCUACUUGACAUCGCCCUCGCAGUACAUCUCUGUGUUGUUGUUGGCGCUCAGAUCGAUGCUCCAGCUUGACCUACCUCACAUCAAUGUCUUCUCCAAGAUUGACUUGUUAAAGAACUACGGCGCCUUGCCGUUUAACUUGGACUUUUACACCGAAGUGCAAGACUUGCACUACUUGAUCCCGCAUAUUGAAAAGGAAAACCGAAUCCACAGUAAAUACAACAAGUUGACCGACGCAAUCGCAGAAUUGGUUGAAGAGUUUAACUUAGUUUCGUUCGAAGUCUUGGCAGUGGAAGACAAGCAGUCGAUGAUCCGAUUGCUCUCCGUCAUUGACAAAGCAAACGGCUACCUUUUCGGUGCCACCGAGAUCGGUGGCGAUACCGUGUGGGUUGAAGCCACGAGACAGAGCGGGCCCUCUGACAUGGUCAUUGACAUUCAGGAACGAUGGAUUGACAACAAAGAUCGCUACGACCAGAAGGCGCGCAAGGAACAGGAGGACAGGCUUGAGGAGCAGCAGUUUUUGGACAGAGAGUUGGGUGAGGACGAGGAGUUGGAGUUGGCCAUGAAAGAAUGGGACGAGCGAAACUCCAAAUAG